AUGCGAUGCAAAUCCCUCAUCAAUCGCGUCAACGCGCCAGACUUUCAUUUUCGUUGGACGAUUAACCCCUACCGGGGUUGUCGUCAUGCCUGUCGGUAUUGCUAUGCCCGGUCAACGCACGAAUACUGGGGAAUGGACGCUGGCGUCGAUUUCGAACGCCAGAUAUUCGCCAAGGUCAAUGCUCCGGAGGUGCUGCGCCAGGAGCUCUCCCGCCCCAAAUGGUGUGGAGAGCCCAUAGCAAUUGGCACUGCGUCCGACCCCUACGAGCCGGCCGAAGCCCAGUACGAACUUACCCGUAAGAUCAUCCAGGUGUUGGUAGAGUUUCGGAAUCCGGCGUCGAUAACCACCAAGGGAACGCUGGUACGCCGGGACAUGGACCUGUUGCGCCGGCUGAACGAAGCGGCCGGCGCUCAGGUUGUCUUCAGCAUCGGCACCAUUGACGAGACGGUAUGGCGACAAACGGAGCCGGGCGCACCGCACCCCAAGGCCCGCCUUGAGGCCAUGCAAUACCUGGUGGAGCACGGCGUGCCGGCUGGGGUGUUGGCCGCGCCGCUGCUGCCGGGGCUUUCCGACAGCGCGCAGAGCAUCGACGCCCUGGUGUCGGCGGCCGCCGAGCAUCGGGCCCAGUUUCUCUCCGGCAAUCUGCUGUUCCUGCGGCCCGGCAGCCGGGAAUGGUUCAUGCCAUUUAUCCGUGAAUCCUAUCCGCACCUGGCACCCGGUUACGCACGACUGUACCGGAGCGAACACGCGCCAAGGGAUUACACCAACGCAGUCCUGGCAUUGGUGGACGACGCGCGGCUCCGCUGGGAGUUGCCCCGAAUGCCGUCGGUCAAGAACCUACAGCCGCCGACGCUACCGGGCUUCGGAGAGGUUAGCAGAGACCGGUCUGCCGUCACGCAACCGGAGCCGGAACCAUACGCACCGACCCAGCUGACGCUGCCGUUAGCAGCCUAG